AUGCGGAAUGGAGAUCAGGCCGCUGCGUUAAUCAGGGAUGAGCCAAUUUCAUUUAGUGAUCAAAAUUGCCGCUUACGGUUUGGUGUACUCACCGUUUCACGACCCCGGGAGGCGAUACAAGCUCGCGCUGUGCGCCUUUUCACGAGUGAGUGGGGUCUGAUCACGCUCUAG